CGGGUGAUGCUGUUUUCAAAGUUGGGUGGUAUUUGGAGUCUAUGCCGGUGUAAUUCUUCUGGUAGUUGGUGGAGUCUUCAAAAUCAUUAUCCGAAUCCUUCUGACCAUUGUUCGGAGCCAGCCUGUCCUGUGUUUAAUCGCUUGCUUGUAUUGUUCAUGAUGUAAAAAUUAAUGUUGCUACACUCCAGUUUUGCUCAAAUUCUCUUUGUCAACAAUUUGGCACAAGGCAAGUACUCUGACAGGCAGUGCAACUUUGAAGCAGCAUCAACGUUUUUUGAACCACCAAUUGAAAGUCCUCCUGCAAUGACGUCUAUUGAGGCAUGGUACAUGGGCAACAAUGUUGUCGAUCAGACUGCUGAGAACCGGAUGGAUCCAAAUGAACCGGUGACGAUCUCCGACCUACGUGAUCUUGGUGUAAUCCAUUGGCAUCUCCCUCCAGUUGAAGAUUACCCGGCCAAGGCGGUUCCUUGGGAACCGAAGAAUGGAAUCCAGGACAAGCAACUGGCAGCCAUCCGAGACUCUCGUGGGUACAACUAUGCCGACAUCAUCACUUGCUCAGAGGAGUGCCUCCCGGACUACCACAACAAGCUGAAAGCAUUUUUCGAAGAACACAUUCAUUCAGACGAGGAAGUCAGAUACAUUCUCAAGGGCAGUGGCUACUUUGAUGUACGGGAUCUGAAGGAUCGGUGGAUUCGGAUCAGGUUAAGCGCGGGUGAUCUCAUUGUUUUGCCUGAGGGCAUCUACCACAGGUUCACAAUGGACACGAAAAACUUCACGCAUGCAAUGCGCCUAUUCAAGGGCGUGCCCGUGUGGACACCAAUCAACCGUCCAGCAGACACGCAUCCUUCAAGAGAAAGAUACUUGCAGCGGUUUCAACCAGAGGAGCGUUCCUCCACCUGGAGCAUCGUGUCCUGCUUCCGUGGACUCGCCCAGGGUUGGCAGAAAUUGGGAAAUUGACGUGUGGAGAUGGCAGAUGUUGUUGCAUCCUGCUAUCAAUGAUUGGUGCAACUUGUCUUUUGGCACAUUCCAACGGUCUGGGAGGUGCUCUCAGAACUGAGGGAUAGGAACUUUGCUUCUGAUUCGGUGAAACAACUCGGCGUGAAAGAAGCCAGAUCUGCCCGCGCUUCCACACUUGCUUGCUCGUUCACAAUGUGAUAGGCAGAAACACCUAUGCUGUUCUUUGGAUUUGGCUGAGCCUAAACUCAUUCUGUCUCGAUUUCGCU